AUGCCGCGACGCGCUCGAGUCCAUUGCGUUUCCCUUCGUUCUUCGCUUGUAAACUUGCCGAUAUCACUUUAUGGGCCUCUAGUCGAGCGUAGCAUUCGACCCCAACACCUUGCCGUUCAUUUGACGCUGGAAAAUGCCGCUAGGACAGAGGUUUUCGUCGGAUGGACUGGAAUGGCAUCUGCUUCCUCUCUAGCCCAAUUCAAUUCCUCCGAUCCAGGCCUAGAGACGGUUGAGAUUGACCCACAAUAUGCAUCAAGCCUUGGGUUAAAACAAAAUGACACAGUAGAAAUUGGUCUGGUUCACGACCUCCCUCUAGCAACGUCGGUAGCCACAGAGCCAUUGACUGCCGAUGAUUGGGAAAUUAUAGAAAUUCAUGCUUCGCAUGUUGAAUCCACACUCCUCUCGCAAGUGCGUGUCGCAAAAGUUGAUCAAGAAAUUGACGUCUGGGUGCUGGGGAGGACUCGAGUGCGUUUACGAGUUGUCUCUGUCUCGCCUGAAUCAAAAGGAAACGCUCUGUUGCUCACCACGAACACCGAAGUUUCAAUCUCCCCCAAGCUACAUGGCAAAAAACUCGUGACUCCUGCUCGACCCACAGUGAAUGGCGUUUCUUCAAGUACAACCCACGCCCAUGCGCCUCCGGAGGACCCCAAAACUGUUGUAACAUCAGAAAGACUACGCGUUAUACGGCCUCAAGCGCUGGCUACCGCUUUCCCGGAACAUUCAGGAUCAGAGUUGCUAGCUUUGGUUCCCUCAAACACCUUUACGUUGCUCUUUCCAACUGUCCGCCCAGAAAAUGACACAUACCAUCGUGUAUCGGUGAAACGCCUCACCCCUCCAACUGAUCCUCUUGCGAGUAGCUCAUCUGACUCGCCAGUCCCGCCUCCACGGAUGCUCAAGGCAGGCGGCACUACAGAAACUACGUCUACGGGGGAUUCUCAACCAACGGAAUUGUUUAUAAGAGGGGCUGAAAGUGUUCCUGAUGGUCAUAUCGCGCUUUUACCUGUCAAAGGAAUCGAUGAGUGGGAUCUGCUUAGGCUUUCACAAUCCCCAGAAACUUCUAAACGCUCCUCGCCUUCGAAGCCAUGGUCCCCCAGCCCCUCAUCGGCACAUCUUUUGGCUGGCGUUGACGACUUGCUACAUCGCUGUGCACAGUUCUGUAUCCGAAAGUUUGCAAUGCAUUCUGUGAUUGAUGCUGUCCACGGAGGCAAGUUGAGGGAAUGUAGUUCACCGCUAUCGACUAAUAAAAAAAAUCCAGUCUCCUCGGUCCUCAUAACUGGACGCUCUGGCAGCGGGAAAACAUCCAUUGUGCGGUCUGUAGCAAAAAGACUACAGGAAAAUUCUACCGCCUUGGCAUAUACAUUAUAUGUUGACGUCGCUCGCGUCUCAAACCAACCUAUCCCCGUUGUCAAGGCCCUUUUGACUUACUGGUUUGAAAAGGCCGUCUGGCAUCGACCGACCGUCCUGAUACUGGACAAUCUCGAGAAGCUGGUUGGGGCAGAAGCAGAGCACGCAGAUUCGUUCAGGACUCGUCAAAUCACAGAGCUAUUUGUUGCCCUGUUCUCUUCGUCCGCGCGCUCUAGCCACCCCAAUUCCAAAGGAGUUGUGCUUAUCGCCACGGCUGCUUCUCCGGCAAGCCUGCACCCUCGAAUCAAUCGCGCACAUAUAUUCGAAGAGACGCUGAUGAUCAAAUCCCCCAAUAAGAAUGCGCGAAAAGAGAUUCUUGCCCAUAUGGUUCAAGAGCGUUUGGAGGCAGCCAGAGAUAUGCAACCUGACCCCGACGCGCCCCUCAACUACGCCGCGAUUGCAACGCAAACAGAGGGAUACUCUGCCGUCGAUUUACAGGAUCUUGUCGCCCGGGCAAUUCACCAAAUGGCCAUGAGGUCGUCGACUAGCAAUUCCCCAGCCAUCCUCACGUCGAAUGAUUUCGAGCUGGCUCAAGUCGAUUUCGUCCCAUUGUCUUUGCGGGAAACAAAACUCCAAAAGUCAGAUGUCUCGUGGGAGGACAUUGGGGGACUCCAUGAAACCCGUCGAGUGCUCAGGGAAACCCUCGAAUGGCCAACUAAAUACGGGCCAAUUUUUGCCCAAUCUCCACUCCGUUUGCGCUCAGGCUUACUGCUAUAUGGAUAUCCUGGCUGCGGGAAGACGCUGCUUGCGUCCGCUGUCGCCAAAGAAUGCGGGCUCAAUUUCAUCAGCGUAAAAGGGCCGGAGAUUCUGAACAAGUAUAUUGGAGCGAGCGAACAGUCCGUGCGAGACUUGUUUGAGCGUGCUUCCGCUGCCAAACCAUGCAUUCUAUUUUUCGACGAGUUCGACUCGAUUGCCCCCAAAAGAGGACACGACAGCACUGGCGUAACUGACCGGGUAGUCAACCAGAUGCUAACGCAAAUGGAUGGUGCGGAAGGCUUGGACGGUGUAUAUGUGCUUGCUGCCACCAGUCGUCCAGAUCUCAUUGAUUCAGCACUUCUCCGACCAGGACGACUAGACAAAUCCCUCCUGUGCAACAUGCCAGACGUCGAGGAACGCAAAGACGUUAGUCACCACCUGGCAACGCGUUAUAACAUCCUGAAAGAAAUCCUGCAGAUUCUCAAUGCAGUAUCACGGAAAGUCACCGUAUCACCAGACCUCAAAUUCGACGAAAUCGCCCAAGCCACAGAAGGCUUCUCUGGCGCGGACCUCCAAGCGCUCUUAUAUAAUGCUCAUCUCGAGGUCGUGCAUUCGUCGCUCUCCAUCGCACCCACCGCAGAACAAGGCUCCAGUCGUUUAGAAGAACCCCCUGUUGCCUUCAAGAUAAUUGGGGGUCCUGCGAAUAAAGUAACGAGCCGGGCAGAUGACAUGGCGCUACAACGACGGCUCCGCCAAAUUAUGUCCUCCCAAACUACCACUCGUGUUUCGAAGGAUUCCUCGGGCUCAACGACCAAACCACGCCAUGAAAUUACUUCUGCGCAUAUUACCAAGGUGCUCGAUACGAUGCGACCCUCAGUUUCCUUAGAGGAACGACAAAGGCUAGACCGAAUAUAUCGCGCAUUUACGUCAGACCGGAGCGGCGAGCUGGAAAGCCCUCCUGAGGUGCACGGAAUUGGUAAUCGAGUGUCUCUUGCAUAA